UUAAUCUGCAACUAAGACUAGAACUAGAAUACUUGAUAAGUAGAUUCUUGUUGUAGAGCUAGAUCUAGAUUUACUAGAUCUACAUUUAGUGACCUAUUCUAUAGUCACUAUAGAGUCUAGAUCUACCAAUAUUUAGUAGACUCUUAGAUCUAGAUCUUGAUCUAUAAUCAUUUAUAAUGGCAACGAUUUCACGUCGGUUAAUUUUUUCACCUGUUCCAAAAAAACUUUUUCGCAAUUGUCAAUUUCUGUCAACUACGAAGAAGUAUGACUCAAAAAGUUCAACUUCAAGUCGUCUUGAUCCAUGCCAAUCUGCAUCCAUGUUGGACAUCGGCACAAGGAGAAUAUUCAAUGAGGAGCAUGACAUUUUUAGGCAAACUGUAAGACGAUUUAUGGUUGAUGAAGUAGUACCAAAUCAUCCCAAGUGGGAAGAAGAUGGACAAGUGAGCAAAGAGGUCUGGCAAAAAGCUGGCACCAUGGGAUUUUUAGGCAUAGAUACACCAGAGGAACAUGGUGGCAUUGGUGGUGAUUUUAUCACCUCUUCAAUAGUUAUGGAAGAACAGUCCUACUGUAACUGUUCUGGACUUGGCUGGGCCUUACAUUCACACAUUGUCAUGCCCUAUAUCUCUCACUAUGGGAACAAGGAGCAAAUUGAAAAAUUCCUGCCUAAAAUGACUGCUGGUCAGUGUAUUGGUGCUAUAGCUAUGACAGAACCUGGAGCUGGAAGUGACCUUCAGGGAGUCAGGACCAGUGCCAAGAAAGAUGGCACUGAUUACAUACUGAAUGGCAGCAAAGUGUACAUUACUAAUGGCUACAUGUCUGACUUGGUCAUUGUAGUAGCCAUCACCAACCCUAGUGCCAAGUCCACUGCCCAUGGCAUUAGUCUUUUCCUGGUGGAAGAAGGAAUGAAAGGUUUUGUCAAAGGGAAGAAACUCAAGAAGAUGGGACUCAAAGCACAGGACACAGCAGAGUUGUUCUUUGAAGAUGUCAGGUUGCCCAAGUCAAGCUUGCUUGGAGAAGAAAAUAAAGGUUUUUAUUACCUAAUGAAGGAGCUGCCACAAGAAAGACUACUUAUUGCUGUGAUGGGCAUUGCCAGCUGUGAAUACAUGUUUGAAGAGACUCGCAAAUAUCUCAGUGAGAGAAAGGCUUUUGGAAAAACUUUGUCCAAAUUGCAGGUGAUCCAACACAAAAUGGCUGAAUUAAAAACUGAAAUAGCCUGCAAUCGAGCAUUUGUUGAUCGUUGUAUUGAGUUACACAAUGAAGGAAAACUAGAUUCCAGUACAGCUUCCAUGGUGAAGUAUUGGGUAAGUGAGCUUCAGAACAGAGUGGCCUACCAAUGUGUCCAGCUUCAUGGAGGCAUGGGCUAUAUGAUGGAGUGUGGUAUAGCCAGAGCCUACCUUGAUGCCAGGGUUCAACCUAUUUACGGAGGCAGCAGUGAAAUUAUGAAAGAGCUUAUUGCUCGACAAAUUUUCAGCUAGUUUUUAUAGUUGUUUAUGUUGUCUUGACAAAGUGCCAUAUACUUAUCAUUGAAUAAUGCAUCUCCAUGUCUUGGUUUCUAUUUCCCUUUGGAAAUGACCAAAAAACAAAAAAGUUUAUACAACCUUCUGUUUCAUUAUUAGAAGCCAUGUACAUGAAAUAUCUAUUAGAUUGUAGCUGUAUUUGUAUACAAGUAUAUGUUUUAUUAGAAGUACUUAAAAGAUAGUCAAAGAAUUUUUUAUUAUGUUGAAGAACAAAGUACUUACAGUGUGGGCAAAUAAAUUUACUCUUCAAUUCAAUUUUACUUUAUUGGUAAAAAUGAUUUAUUUUAUUUUGAUUUGAUCGAAAUGUUUUUCAUGUCAUUGUUUACUUAUUUAUUUCUACUUAUUUCUGUGAGGUGAAUUGAAAUAUUGUUUUGCAAAGAUGUCUUUCACACUGAAAACUUUAAAAAGAAAAUUGUAAUGAUAAAUAAUGCGUUGAAAAAUAAAACAAUGUUAUUUGCUUAA